AUGGGAGAAACAUGUAUUUCUUCGAAAACAUCUGCCGAAGAUGAGGGCAUUGAUUUAGCCCAAAUCACACUUCGACCCCUUAAUCUUUCAGACCUUGAUGAUCUCAUGGUAUGGGAAACCGAUGAAAAAGUGGCCAAUUUCGGCGGGAAACGUUACACCAGCAAAGAUGAGGGCAUCAACUUCAUUGAAAACAUAGCACCAAAGUUUCAAUUGUGCAAAGCAAUAUGCCUCAAUGAUCGUGCUAUUGGGUAUAUUACUAUCUGCCCGAGUUCACCUUAUGAUAAAAGUAGGAAAAAAUCUGCAGAACUUGGUUAUGUUCUUGGUUCUAAAUAUUGGGGUAAAGGGAUUACAACAUGUGCAGUGAAACAAGUUGUUAAGGUUGCAUUCAGUGAAUUCUCACACUUGAAAAGACUUGAAGCUCUUGUUGAUGUUGAAAAUGUUGCUUCUCAAAGAGUGUUGGAGAAAGCUGGUUUCCAAAAGGAAGGAGUUCUAAGGAAGUAUUGCUUCAUGAAGGGAAAAAGCAGAGAUAUGAUCAUGUUCAGUCUUCUUUCUACUGAUAUCUUCAGCAUAGAUUCAUUUUUUAGGCAAAUUCCAAGUUCAAUACCAUGGAAUAAUAUGGUAGGGCUGAUAAAAAAAUAA